CAUGACCAAAGAAACAGUUGUAGAAAAUGGAACCAAGGCAGUUGAUGAAACUGUUGAAUUUACCAAACUUGUAAAAGAAUUAAAAGCCAAAGUAGUCGACAUGAAGAAUCAAUUGAAACCAUUGAAAGAAAAAGUGGAGAAUAAAGCCAUCAAUACUUCAAAAGGUGUCUCAUUCCUUGAAGUUAAAUACCAACUUAUGCUCCAAUACGUCCUUCAGCUCGCUUAUUUUGUUCAUCUUAAGAUCUCUGGAAAACAAAUCGAAAAUAAUCCAGUAAUAGACUCUCUUGUUGAACUUCGAGUGAUUCUUGACAAGAUGAAGCCAAUUGAAAAUAAGUUAAAAUACCAGAUUGACAAACUUGUCAGAGCAGCUGUCGUUGGCACCAAAAAGGACGAAGCAGGUCCAAAGAGCACAAUGGAGGCAGUGGCUGCAGAUCCUUUAGCAUUCAAACCAAACCCAAUGAACUUGAUCAAUAAGGAAGAAGAGGAAGACGAAGACGCAGAGGCAGAAAAGGCAGGCAUCUAUAGACCACCAAAACUUGCUCCUGUAGCAUACAAUGAGACUUCAGAUAAAAAGAGCCGAAAGAAGGAAAGAGACGAGGAGCGAAUGAAGGAAAAGGCAUCACGAUCAAGAAUUAUGAAGGAUCUCAUGUCGGAAAUGUCGGAAAAUCCAGAAGAGAUUGGUGUGUUUGGUGGUGUGAACGAAGGUGUUGGUUACGGUGACCGUAUAGACAAUUUGAUUGAAGAAAAGAACAAAUAUGAAGAAGAAAACUACGUACGUUUGGCAGUGACAAGAAAGGAGAAGCAAAGAAUGAAUGCAAACAGAAAGAUGCGAUUUGAAAACGAAAUUGAUAACCUCGAAGACUUUUCCAAUUUGGUUGGAUUACAAGACGUGGAAGAGGAAGAGAACAAAAGAUACCGUAAUAUUCUUGAACGUAAGAAACAGAAGAAUGAAACAAGUCAUAAACGAUCAAGAGAUAGUGAAGAUGAUACUGAAGGUGCUUUUGAUGGAAUAUUGGAUGGAGUUAAGAAAUCAAGGGGUAAAUUCACAAGUGCAAGAAAUAGAAGCAGCAAAAAGAGAAGAUCAUAAACGUCAUUUGUUGUAUAAUCAAAUAGAUUUUUUUUUAC